AUGACCAGCAUUCACGCUAUACCAUGCAUCUUGCCCAGAAGAUCACCGCACAAUCGACUUUGCUGUAAUGAUGGAAGAGCGUUGGGAAUUCCUAUUGCCGUGGUGCAAGGCGCUCAAGGGAGGGAUCAGCUACUUGUUACCGGACGAAGAAGGCGUAACGAAGACUACGAGUUGACCCCAGAAGAUGAAGUCAAGUUCCAGAGAGAGUUCCAGCACGUGCAAGAGGCCCUGGCACUGCUAUCAGUAGUCGCCCAUGCGGACUACAAGGUGUGGAGGUAUUUACUGGAGACCCACGGUGGCCUCUACAAUGUGAACCUUAGGCGAGAGAUAUCAACGUUUGGGCAAAAGGAAGACGCGAGGUAUGGCGAUGUCAUUAUGCCUCGAUUCCUGCUGAGAACUCGCGUGAAAGCCAUCAAAACCAUGGGAAAUGGGCCGUUUAGCUCGGACCUGGUCCGGUUCUGCGGGCCGAACCUGCACGACAACCCCAGCGAGGAAUAUCUCGACGCGUUAUCGAGAAUUGCGGCUCUGGAUCCCAACUUGACGGCUGAUACUCCAGGCGUGGACAUUAAAGCCCCUGUACGACCCAUCACUUGCGUCUUCGACACUUUCGACAAGGAUUCUAUCGGUGGAGAUAUUCCACGACUCCAGCUCAGUGCUGUCCACGUCGAUUGUCGUAAUUGUACGAGCUCAAGUGGAGCCCCGAUCCUGUGGAAGUUUGAUGAUCGAGGUGAGCCUAACCUGGACUGGGAUCCGAUCACAUUGGAGUCCGAUAUUCCAUUCGUUCGUACCUUCAGCGAUGAUGGUACUAGCGAGUGGGUCGACGCGAUCAUUCCUGGCCUUGGGCAAUGCCAAGUCCAGCGUGACGAUCUAGAGAUUGACUUUUGUGAGGAUGAUAGGGAUCUCUGGGAGGGAUUGCCAAUGAUUCUCGCCACGAUCGGAUCGUCGCUGACAUUUUUGGGUCUUGACUACCACAAAGGCGGGAUCAAGGAUAUUCUUCGACACUGUCCAAAUCUCCAGGAGCUGACGUUCUGUGUCGGCUUCACAAUGUUUCGAUUCAACUUUAGCAACUACGACGGGAGUGCUGAUCAGUUUGACUACGAUUGGAGAGAUAUCGAAGCCCUGACACAGGCUCUCAGUGAUAACGACAACCCCCUCGCCAAGUGCUUGCGCCAUUUGCGCGUCCGUUUCUACUGGCUAUGCACUCGUGAGCACGUGGACGACCCCAAAGUUUACAAUCCCCGCAUCGAGACGGAUGUCGAGGCGCUUUUGAGAAUGCUGCAAGUGAACCGGAGCCUCGAAUUCCUCGAUGUGCACUGGCCUCCUCCUUAUCACGGCUAUAUUGGCAAUUUGCGAGAACAUCACCUCGAGCCAAUCAGCCGCCCGUCGCAGGCAAGAGACAGUAAACUUGCACUUCUAAGCGUCAUAUUGGCGCCAUACCAAGCGCCGGAGCUCAGUACGGAUAUGGCAAAAGUUGCCGCUCCUCGAUGUGAGCUGAGCCAUCUCGACGAGUACAUUUUAUCCAGAAUCUUCGAGUUCGCGGCUCCGCCAGUUCUCCGUCAAGUGUAUGCUCGCAGGCUUUACGAAGUGAGUUGGAUGGCUCAAGGAGAGGAGGAAAUCAAUUAUGGGUGGCAGACUGAAGCAUUUUAUCAUAGCAGCACUUAUUGUUUUCCAUCGCAAGGAAUGAGCAUGCGCUCAUUCAUUGGGUUCAUCGUUUGA